GAGAGAAAGAAGAGAGAGAAAGAAUGGAGGAUUGUUUAGCUGGCUUGAUUUGCUCCUCUUGACUGAGCCAUUGCCGGCUAAGCCGACUAAAAUUGUACUUCUGAGUCUUUAUCUGAUUUUUUCUUCCAGCAUAAGCGCGUUUUGAAUGGUCAAAUUAAGAAAAAAUAAACCCAUUUUCGAUAUAGCAAUCCCACCUACAACAACAGACCAAUCCCAAUUUCAAUUUCAAUUUCAUCCCCAUCCUUUAUUAUCUUUUUCUCAUCAUAUUUCCACAAUCUGCCGCCCGUAAAACCCCCUUCCCCAAAUCGAUAAAGAUUUGGAAUUUCAGGUUGAUUGAUCUAUUUCAUAUUGAGCAGGUCAGAGGUAACUUUACCGUGAUGAUCUCCUCUAUCUAUUCAGAGAUUUGGACUUCUUCGUUAUAGAAAUGAUUUGUUUUGCAUUCGCGGCAUUGGGUUAUUUCAGAAUCCUCGAUUAGGAGAGGAAAAGAUAUUGAAUUCUUUGAUUCUGCAUAUAUGGUUUAUCAUCCUUGUUUCUCAUGGAUUUAGGCAGUCUGAUAGAUCUUGUUAUCAGUAGUUUCUUGUAAUAUCAAGGUCCGAUCUUUAAUUCAUCAUGGGUUGUGUAUGUGGUAAACCCUCUUCUAUUGAAGAUAGCAAGGAAAGUCCAAGAAGACAAAGACCGUUAAGUAAAGCAUCAUCACAGUCGCAAAAACCUGGAAGAAUCUCUUCAAAAAGAAGUCAAAGUUUUCAGGUAAAUGAGAGACCGGAUGUUAGCGGUAUAAGAAUUGGGUCAAUUGAUAGGAAAGUUAGCCAUUCAAGGCGAGUACAACAAGAUGAAAGAUCUGAGAAGAAGAAGACUGAUAAUCCCGAGGUUGUUCUUAUUCAUGCUCAUCCUGCCAUGGGACUUGUUCCUAAGGCUGUUGAAGGUGAACAAGUUGCAGCUGGUUGGCCAUCUUGGCUUGCUGCUGAAGCUGGUGAAGCUCUUAAAGGAUGGAUACCAAGGAGAGCAGAUACCUUUGAGAAAUUAGAUAAAAUUGGUCAAGGAACUUACAGUAGUGUAUACAAAGCUCGUGAUCUGAUAAACAAGAACAUUGUUGCUUUAAAAAGAGUGCGAUUCGACAAUACUGAUCCUGAGAGCAUCAAGUUUAUGGCGAGGGAAAUUCUGAUUCUGCGUAGGCUUAACCAUCCCAAUAUAAUUAAACUGGAAGGUUUGAUAACCUCGAGAACAUCUUGCAGCCUGUAUCUCGUUUUCGAAUACAUGGAACACGACCUUACUGGACUUGCAUCGCUCCCUGGUUCAAAAUUCUCAGAACCACAGAUUAAAUGUUAUAUGCAGCAGCUGUUAAGUGGACUUGAACACUGUCAUAGUAACGGUGUUCUACACCGUGAUAUAAAGGGUUCUAACCUUCUUAUUGAUAACCAUGGUAUAUUGAAGAUAGCGGAUUUUGGGUUAGCGAGUUUCUUUGACCAUAGACAGAAUGAACCUUUAACCAGCCGUGUGGUGACUCUAUGGUAUCGCCCCCCUGAACUCUUACUUGGUGCAACCCAUUAUGGUGUUUGUAUCGAUUUAUGGAGUGCUGGUUGCAUUCUUGGAGAACUUUAUGCUGGAAAGCCAAUCAUGCCUGGAAGAACAGAGGUUGAGCAGCUGCAUAAGAUAUUUAAGCUUUGUGGUUCGCCGUCUGAAGAAUACUGGAGAAAGUCAAAGUUACCUCAUUCUACCGUAUUCAAACCAUUGCACCCUUAUAAAUGCCGUUUAUCAGAGGUAUUUGACGAUUUUCCUCCAACUGCUAUGAGGCUUCUUGAGAAAUUACUUUCCAUUGAUCCUGCUGAUCGUGGAACUGCAACUGCUGCUUUGAGAAGCGAGUACUUUACCACAAAACCUCUUCCUUGUGAUCCUUCGUGUCUCCCAAAAUAUCCUCCUAGUAAAGAGAUGGAUGCCAAAAUGCGAGAAGAUGAAGCCAGAAGGAAAGGAGGAGUUGAAGGAAAGAGCAAGAGGGGUGGUGGUGGAGAGAGCGGUGGGCCAAGACAACAUCGGUCUACUGCAGUACCCGAUGCUAAUGCAGAGCUCGUCUCAUCAAUGCAGCAGAGAAGGAAUGAUCAAACGUCUAAUAAUCCAAAGAGCCGGAGCGAGGUAUUCAACCCACACAAGGAUGAAGAAUCCAUGGGAUUCCCUCUUGAUAUAUCUACUAGACAAACAAGAGAAGGAAAAGAUAUUACAGGCAACAAUAAUAAUAAUUGGAAAGCUUCAUAUUCGGGGCCAUUAGGAUUGACUAAAUCCGGAACAAGAAACGAUAACUUCUCCAUUGUUUCAGCCAGAGGCGACUUAUCAGCAUCAUCUGGUUUAGUAGCAUCUAGGAAUUUUUUGCCUGAAGAUUGUGGAGGAGACAAAAUGGCUCAAAGGAUUUCAGUUACUGGACGUUCUGAAUCAUCGAGAAAGAAUGACAGGAAGAGAAAUAACCAUAAACUCAAAGGAAAUGGAAGAUCAAGUACGAAAGAAUCAAAUACGAAUGGUAGAGAAUACAUGAAACCAGACAUUCAUUUCUCUGGUCCACUUUUAGUUCCAUCGAAUAAUGUGGACGAGAUGCUGAAAGAGCACGAUCGUCGGAUUCAGGAAGUGGCUCGAAGAGCAAGAUUGGCUGGCAUGGUUAAAGGCAAGGCUUAAAACAAAAUGAGAAUGAAAGAGAGGGAGGCUCUAUGAAACCUCUUAUAUUUAUUUAUUUAUUUUUAUAUGAAGUGGAGAAUGAAUGGUAAGAAAGAAAUCUAUACACGAUAAUUCAUUGUCUUCCUAACAAAUGGGUGAGAUCUUGUAAAAUCCUUCUUUUGAUUUACUAUUGUUGUAACACUCAUAUAUAUUUUAUCUUUUGUUACAAGGAAUUCAACAAUGUUGCUUGUUUAUUAUUAGUAGUUGUUAGCCAA